CCGGACCCGGCACGGUGGCUGGGCGCACGGAGAGAACCAAAAAGGGCCCGGUGGUCGGGGUCGGCCAACCACGUGAAAACAGGCGGUUUUGGAACUAUGGCCGAUCAGCUCAACCUCAACGCCUCCUCGGGCUUCAAAAGCCCUCCGAAGUAUUCCUUCACGCACAGCCCGGUGCUGGGCAAAGAUAAGCCUUCCAAGCAGCCUGGGCCAGGGGAAUACCCUCAAGUGAAAUCAGAGAAGGAUAAGUUUGGAAAGACACCUUCAUGGAGUAUUGGAGGGGCCACCAGAGGAGGAAAGGACUGGGCGCCGAUGCCCGGACCGGGGGCGUAUACGCCAUCCAACCCUGACUUUGUCUCCCCGAAGUGGGGCUUUACCAACGACAACCGGCUAAAACCCAACAAGCGAUCCACGACCCCAGGUCCUGGCCAGUACGAGCUGAAGAGCACGCUGCAAGGCAGAGAUGUGUCCAUUUGCAGCAAACCGGAGAGUAAAGGUCUCACGGGAACGCUCCCGGGCCCCGGUGCCUUCACACCGUCCUGGUCGACGACUUCGAACUACGGGUCGGCGCCCAGCAUCGGCUUUGGCGCCUCCAACAGGGCGAAGAUGGUGGUGUCGAAGACACCUGGCCCUGGGCAGUACGAGAUUCCCACCACCCUUAUCGGCAAUGUGACGAUGAAGAGUCCGAGCGCGUACUCCAUCAAAGGACGUUGGCCUGGAAAAGACAAGGCCGCUACCACUCCUGGUCC